UUUUUUAUUGAACUUGCGUUUUGCGUUGAACAAGAAGAAAAUAAAACAAAUUUACAGUUGCGGUGUUGGUGGUGUUGAAAUAAGUGGUGCAGAUUAAGUGAAAAGCGAUUAAAUAUGGAAAGUGGAAAAAGAAAGCGCGAAUCAUCUGUAGUUUGGGACUAUUUUAAAAAAACGGACAACCACGGUGCAAAGUGCAAACAAUGCGGCAAAUACUAUAAAACAGGUGGGAACACCUCUAACCUUCUGGAUCACUUAAAUCGCGCUCAUCCCAAUUACAAAAAAACCAACUUGCCUCCUAAGCCUACUAGCUUGGAAGAAUUUUUGGUAAGGGAUCAAUUGUAUCCAAAUGGUGAUGCGUAUGAUAUCUAAAGAUGUGCAGCCGUUUAGUGUUGUCGAAGACAGCGGCUUUAAAGAUUUAAUUACCAAGCUAGAUCCAAGGUACAAAUUACCCAGCCCAGCGCAUCUGAGGAAUGUAGUGCUUCCAGCUCAAUACGAAGAGCUACGGAAAAAGGUAAAAAUGGAUUUGAGCGACGUCGACGACUUAGCUAUAACGGCAGAUUGCUGGACGUCGCGCGCUAACGACGGGUACUUAACCGUUACCUGCCAUUUUAUUAAUACUAAUUUCGAUAUGAAAUGUGCAGUUUUAUCAACAAAGAAGCUUUUGACAGCAACCAAUCACACUGCGGCCAAUAUUGCGGAGUCGCUGAGCAGUGUUUUUGAAUGUUGGGAUAUCCGUAAAAAAGUGAGGAUAAUUGUGACGGACAACGAUGCGUCCAUGAAGAAAGCCUGCGAGCUAUUAGAAAUCAAGCAUCUGCCUUGUGUUGCGCACACAUUAAACUUACUUGUGCAAGAGCUUCUAAAAGCGGACUCAUUAAUACCCCUGAUGAGCAAAUGCAAGAAGAUUGUGGCUUUUUUUAAAAGCAGCACUAUUGCAACAGAAAAACUGAAAGAGGCCCAGGGUACUAAUGAGUCAUAUAGCUUGAUACAAGAAGUGCCGACACGAUGGAAUAGUGCGUAUCUGAUGAUUGAACGCAUAAUUCUUAUAAAGGAAGCAAUUGCAUCAGUGCUUCUGAUAUCAUCGAAAGCUCCGAUCCCAUUAUUUGCAGAUGAAGUCGCAGUUCUGGAGGACGUUUGCCGCAUUUUGGCGCCAUUUAACGAAGCGACCAAACAGGUAUCUGCAAACAAAAGCGCAACAAUUUCAUUGGUAAUACCAAUAAUUUGUGAGCUACACCAAAAACUUGACGUUUUAGGCUCAUUAGUGACCACAAAAAUAGCCUUGGAUCUGUGCGGAAUACUGAAAGAACGAAUGCCUGCCAGACUUGCUCCGUACCAAUCCAGAACUGUGACCAGAAUUGCAACGAUUAUCGAUCCGAGAUUUAAAAAACUCGGAUUUUUAUCGCUUUCAAAUGCUGACCAAGCAGCAAAAGGUCUGGAGAUGGAAAUACAAUCGCAAAUAAGAUCCCACGUUCCACCGCAAAUUCCAACACCACCUGCAACACCACUUCGCACUGAAAACACAAAACCAAUGUUUACUUUUCUGCAAAAUAGAAUGUCAGAACAAGUUCACUCCUCUAGAGCUGAUACAAUAAUAUUGUUGAGACAGUAUUUGGAGAAAAAAAAUGAGCCUGAAGACACUGAUCCAGUUUUAUUUUGGAGGAACAACACUGAUUUAAAUGCGCUUCAAAAUGUUGCAAAAAAGUUUUUAUGCGUGCCGGCUACCUCGGCCGAGUCGGAACGCAAUUUUAGUAAAGCUGGCCAGAUUAUUUCGGACAGAAGGUGUUCGUUAAAACCAAAUAUUGUAGAUAUGAUCCUAUUCUUAAACAAAAAUCAAAUUUAAAUAUUAGAAA